AUGGUCAAGGAUUUUCAUAUGGGUGAGGGCAGCGAUGCAUCAUUCUACGCUGGAAUCCUUGUCGCCACAUUUUCCCUAGUGGAAGCCUUUACUGGGAUGUUUUGGGGCGCUCUUUCUGAUCGGGUAGGGAGGAAGCCAGUCAUCAUCUCCGGGCUGGCUGGCACCAUCGUUUCGCUUCUUAUUGUCGGGUUUGCUCCGAACUACUGGGUGGCCCUUCUUGGUCGGGGACUAGGAGGGCUGCUCAAUGGCAACAUAGGAGUCAUUCAGACUAUGGUGGGCGAGAUAGUCAAACGACCCGAGCAUGAGCGGCCCGCUAUUGGCGGACUACUCGCAAAGCCUGCCGAUAAUUAUCCGUCUGUCUUUUCGCGUGAUGGCAUUUUUGGUAGAUUUCCAUACCUCUUACCUAAUGUCGUAUGUUCCACUCUGCUGCUUGGAAGCAUUUUAUUCGCGUGGGCUUUUCUUCAAGAGACACAUCCCGACAUGCAGCCAUCGAUUGGCUCAGGAGAGCUCGAUCAUCCGUCGGCAGAGCAUCCUCUUCUCGCAACCGCUGGAGCAACAGCCAAUCCUGGAGUUGAUCUUCGAGCGGAAUCAUACGGAACGUUCAAUCAAGUCCAUGUGCAAGACGAUGAAUAUUGGAGGGUACAAGAAAAUGGAUCCAAGACUGAGCCAGAUUUGCAAAAGCCAACUGCCUUUACUCGACCAGUCAUCCUCCUCAUCAUUGCCCUAGCCAUCUUCACCUAUCACUCGAUGACGUAUGACCAUCUGCUACCCAUCUUCCUUCAAGACCAGCGCGGCGAUCCACACUUGAAUGGCUCUACUUUUAGCUUCCCAGGUGGACUUGGCCUGUCAACUGGGACUGUCGGGCUGAUUGUCUCGUCUGACGGCAUAAUUGCGCUUAUCAUCCAGAGCCUCAUCUUCCCGGCUCUGGCGCACUGGCUUGGUGUUUGGAAAUUGUUUAUAAUUGUCACGGUCCUUCAUCCGGUGGCCUAUUUCAUGGUCCCGUUUCUCGUCUUUUUGCCGCAACAACACUUGUUGUUUGGGAUUUAUACCUGCCUGGUCACGCGAAACAUCCUUUCGAUCAUUGAUUUCCCUGUUCUUUUGAUACUCAUAAAGCAAGCGAGCCCUUCAGAUACAUGUUUAGGAAAGAUCAAUGGCCUUGCUGCUUCUGCUGGCGCCGCCGCACGGACAGUCGCGCCUCCUAUUGCAGGGUAUCUGUAUAGUGUGGGAGCCCAGAUUAAAUUCACUGCACUUGCAUGGUGGGGAAGUGCUUUUGUGGCGGUCAUUGGGGCCUUGCAACUCGUACUGAUGGCUCAGAAGAAGCACUCGUUGAUCACGAUAGAGCCAGCCGCACAUUGUCAUUUUGCACCUGAUCGCCCUCAUGGCCGCAAGGAAUCUAUCCACAUUGUUGUGACUGACACUGAUGAAGUCGUGAAUGGCGCCUAA